AUGUCAGUUCAGGCCAUUUCUAACGUUGUCAUCGAUUCUACUAAGAAGCUUAGUUUGACGAAUGACAUUCGGCGUACUAAUCGACGAUCUAAAACUCAAUCGGACAAUUCGCUUAGCGAAGAGUUGAAAUUAGCUGACGAGGACGAUCCUUGUCCUGCGUAUGAUUAUGACGCUGAAAGUGGCCCAGAUAUUGCGAACGUCUCUGAGUUUGCUUUUGAUAUCUUCAAGUACUACAAGUCAAGAGAGAGACAUUUCCAUGUUUUUGACUACCUUCCCCAACACCCACAACUUAACAAGCAAACGCGGGCAGUUCUCGCUGAUUGGAUGGUUGAAAUACAAGAAACAUUCGAACUUAAUCAUGAAACCCUUUAUAUGGCAGUGAAGAUUCUUGAUCUUUACCUUUCAAAAACCGAGGGAGUAGUAAAAGAAGAUCUACAGGUGUUGGCUAGCGCUGCUUUUUUUAUCUCCUCUAAAUUUGAGGAGCGCAGUCCACCUCUUAUCGAUGAUUUUAUGUAUGUUUGUGAUGAACAGUUCACUCGUCAACAAAUGAUCCAAACGGAGAUGAAAAUGUUGGACGUCGUUAACUACGACAUCGGCUUCCCACUCAGUUAUCGAUACGUUAGACGCUAUGCUCGGGUAACAAAGACCGACAUGCCGAAGUUGACUCUGGCACGCUACAUCCUCGAGACGUCAUUAAUGUUCUAUGAAUUUGUCGAAGUUCCGGAAUCACUAAUGGCUGCUGCUGCUAUCCUACUCGCUUUCAAAAUGCAUGAUGAGGAAGCGACCUGGACACCAAUUUUGCAUAAGUACUCUGGGUACAAAGCUGAGGAUGUUGAGCCAUUGAUGUGGGAGUUGAAUCAUAUGAUGCAUAAACGUCGAGUGAUAUACGAUCGAUUGGAGACUGUGCUCUCGAAGUACAGUCAUGAAGUUUUCUUCUCUGUUGCGUCUAUCCCGCUUCUUCCGAAUGUCUACGCUCUUGAUAGAGCUGUACAAGCACCACGGACAACCACUACUGUCUAA